GAGAAACAGCCAUACCAAAGUCCACCAGAGGAGAACACGCUCCUCUGUCAUCAGAGUGAAAAAUAGAAAUGGAGCUUACGGCCGAGAAGCACAGUGUUCCGCUAUGUGAUGGAAACAACAUACCUCUCAUAGGACUCGGCACUUAUGGGAAUCCCCGCACGACCCCAAAAGGAAGUGCAUAUGAAGCAGUCAAAGUGGCUAUAGAAGUUGGGUACAGGCACAUUGAUGGGGCUUUGGUGUAUUUCAAUGAACAUGAAGUGGGACAGGCAAUAAGGGAUAAAAUAGCAGAUGGAACUGUGAAGAGAGGAGACAUCUUCUACUGCGGGAAGCUGUGGAACACUUACCAUCCUCCAGAAAUGGUGCGACCUGCGUUGGAGAAAACUUUGGAGGCAUUACAGCUGGACUAUGUUGACCUUUAUAUCGUAGAACUUCCAAUGGCCUUCAAGCCAGGGGAUAAUUUCUUCCCUAAAGAUGAAAGUGGAAAGUGGCUUUAUCACGAGACGGAUCUCUGUGCAACAUGGGAGGCACUGGAGGCCUGCAAAGAAGCUGGACUUGUGAAAUCUCUGGGCGUGUCCAACUUCAAUAAGCGACAACUGGAGCUGAUUCUCAACAAACCUGGGCUCAAACACAAGCCCGUCUCAAACCAGGUUGAAUGCCAUCCGUAUUUCACGCAGCCGAAGUUGCUCGAAUUUUGCCGACAGAACGAUAUCGUCAUUGUGGGAUACAGCCCAUUGGGAACGAGCAGGGAUGCAUCCUGGGUUAAUCUGAAAUCCCCCCCACUGUUGGAGGAUGAGCUGCUGGUAUCAGUGGCCAAAAAGUACAACAAGACGACGGCCCAGGUGGUGCUGAGGUUCAACGUGCAGAGAGGAGUCGUGGUCAUCCCGAAGAGCUUCAACCCCACUCACGUCAGGAAGAAUUUCGAGAUCUUCGACUUCUCUCUUUCUGAUGACGAGAUGACGGCCAUUGAAGGGUUGAACAAGAACAUUCGAUUUGUGGAGCUCCUCAUGUGGGCGGACCAUCCAGAGUAUCCAUUUCAUAAUGAGUUCUAGUCAUCCAAACAUUUUUCUAAAUACAUGGAAUGUUUUCACCUUACUGGAAAUCAAUUGAAAACACAAACACUUCUGCAAUUUGUUUCUUUUUUUUUUUGCAAUCUUGUAUUCUUUUUAUGAUUGUUGUGUUUCAUGGAUUGUAUUGUGUUUCAUGGAGCUUUGGUAUUAAAAUUAGUUACCAUACUGUUGAUACCCUACCACAUCAGGGUACUUUCACAUCUGCUGACAGUUUACAGAGUGAGUAGUUUCCUAGAGGAAACUUUCCUUAAUACAGAAGACAGUUAGCCAAGUUGGAUGCCUUUGUCAGUUGGCCAACAGGAGACAAAUUAAAUGCCUCAUUGUGUUUUAAUGGCACAUUGGGAGUUCCAUUCUUCUUUAUUCAUGUGUGAACAGGAAAGGUGAUUAAACAUAAUGUGAGAAGAAAUAGAUUAUAAAUGAAUAUGGAAGUUCACCAGUAGACGGCGAUAAAAGCUCACUUUAUCUGUAAACUGACAUACCUCAUCUUCAGUGGUGCAUUACAGUGCUAAUGGAUGUUUUCAAUGAAUACACUUUUUUAAAAUUUUAAUAUUACUUUAUUAUAACAAAUAUUUUCAAUAAACCCCUGCAUAUAUUCGAAUUUCGCUAUAUUAUGCGUGAUAUCCAAAGUUACGAUUUAUGUUUAAAAUCGGUCAUGUCUUUCUUCAAGCAUUUACAUAAGUCACUUCACUAAGAUAGUUAAUAAUGUUAAAAUAAAUGUCAUUUCGAAGACGA